GUGUGUGUGUGUGUGUGUGUGUGUGUGCAGCACGUCGACAGUGAGAAGCUCCACCCUCAUCACACUCUGAGGAACAUCAUGUUUCUGGUUUCCCCCGACAACAACAACCUGGGCAGGACGGGUCCGUUUGAGGUGAGCGCCGACCUGGAGGAGUCAAUGGAGUUUGUGGAGCCGGAGGCCGCGGGGCCGGCGGAGGAGAGCGGGGACGAGGCGGUGACGGACGAGGAGACGGACCUGGGGACGGACUGGGAGACGGUGCCUAGCCCACGAUUCUGUGACAUCCCAUCACAGCCCAUGGAUCUUUCCCAGAGUGCUUUGCAGGUUUCCCAGCCCUCCGCCAACACUGGAGGGAUGAUCUCGUCUGCCGCCGCCUCGGUCACCUCCUGGUUCAGAGCUUAUACCGGCCAGCGCUGAUCAGGACCGGACCGGUUCAGACCUGGACCCCUGCAGGACUGGGACUUUUGGUUUGGAGAAGGACCGGUCUGAGAGGUCAGAGGUCAGCAGGUCUGAACAGCCAAUCAGACGACUGUACAUUUUAAAAUCUUCAGACAGGUGACUUGAACCUGUCUCACCUGCUGGAGACACAAACUGUCCACGGGCGCUGAGAUCAGCGGGUCAGACCGCCAGAGCGGACGGAGACCCGCGGCCGGUCUCUCGUCCUCCAGUCGCUCAGAUCAAAAACUCUGAUCAGGAUCAUAGAUCAGAAUCAGGACCUUCAAUAUCUGGAUCAGGUUCUUGUUUCAGCGUGUCGUUAUGAGGUCAGACUCCACCCGUCUCUCUCUCUCUCUGUCUGUCUCUCCCUCCUCCGUCUGUCUGUCUCUCCCUCCUCCGUCUGUCUGUCUCUCCCUCCUCCGUCUGUCUGUCUCUCCCUCCUCCGUCUGUC